AGUCUCUUGGAGCUUGGAGUCACAACCUAACUCUGUCUGAUUAUGGUGAUCUGUCAGCAGUGUCCAGAUCAAGAUGACUCUUCAGAAGAAGAAACAAUUGAUGUCUACUCCCCACCCACCCUGCUGAAGCUGGCAAUACACAGGCUACUGAGAGAGGAGGCUUUAGCCAUUUCUUCUCUCAAGGACCUGCCCAAUAUGCUGUUCCCAGUGUUGUUUGAGGAGGCCUUCAUUUUUGGUUAUACAAAGAUCUUGAAGGCCAUGAUACCUGAGUGGCCCUUUUCAUACCUUUCUAUAGCAGUGCUGAUAGACAACUGCAACCUGGAGAGUUUGAAGGCUGUUCUUGAGGGACUAGAUAUACUUCUUGCACAAAAGCUUCACUCCAGUAGGUGCAAACUCAAAGAGAUCAGUUGGAGGGAUAAAAACCAUGGUUUGGAUGGAAUACGGCCUGGAUCCCAUGAAGUUGAAGGUUUAUCAGAGUUCAUGGAACAGAAACAUCCUAAUUGUGUGGAGAAGAAAAAAUUGAAGGUAACAACUGAACUCUCUGUCAUGAAUGGCAGACUUAAUGAAUCUGACACAUACUUGUUGGAGUGGACCCAGCAAAGAAAAGAUUCCAUUCAUCUAUUCUGUAGGAAGCUGGUAAUUCAAAGCUUAACCAAAGCCACAGUGAUAGAAAACUUCAAAAUUGUAAAUGCAGAUUGUAUACCAGAGCUGGAGCUAUGUUCUCUUUGCCUACAAGAUCUGGCGUUUCUUAAUCCCUACCUGAGACAGAUGGACAAUCUUCUUGAACUCACACUUGAUCACAUCACAGAUUCCCUCAGUAUUGGUGAUUCUGAAAUGCUUGAGGAAAGAAUGAUCACAUUGGUUUCUCAGCUUCCCACAUUUCCCUGUCUCCAGAAACUCUGUAUAAAUGAUGUCUACUUUAUAUACGGCAAUCUGAAAGAAUUCCUCGGGUGCCUGAAGAAGCCAUUGGUAUCAUUUUGCAUCAGUAACUGUGAACUCUCACAAUCAGACUUGGAUUACCUGCCCUAUUGCCUGAAUAUUUUUGAGCUAAAAUGUUUGUACAUUAUUAAUAUACAUUUACAAUAUUUAUGCCUUGAGCCUCUUGGGUUUCUCCUUGAGAGUGUUAGACAUACCCUGGGUUGCUUGGCAUUAAAGUCAUGUAAUAUGGGGGAACCUCAUUUCAAAUCCCUGCUGCCUGCCCUAAGUCAAUGUUCCCACCUCACAGAUGUCAAUUUCCAGGAAAAUGAACUCUCUCUGCUGUCCCUGAAACAACUUCUACAGCACACAUCCAAGGUGACCCAGCUGAGCUAUGAGAUGUAUCCCGGCCCUCUUGAGUGCUAUGAUGACAGGGGUGUAAUACUAUCACACAGAAUAGAACAAUUUUGUCCUGAAGUCCUGGAUAUACCCAGGGCCAAACGACAGCCCAAGGAUAUCAACUUUGUUACAACCCAAUGUUCUAAGUGUGGUAUAUAUUAUGUUUAUGAUCUGGAGACCCAACGUUGUCGUUUUUUAAAAUGACUCCUGUAACGUUGAUUGUAGAACAGAGAAAUGGAAGCUUCCUUAGUAUUGGGGAUUGAUGAAAUCUUAAUUGAAUUUCCCUUGCUUAAAGGAGCAUGGAUAUGUCAACCACCUAAAGGUUUGAGAUACACAAUUAAAAGGCAAGAUCUUCCUCUGAGCUGGUGAAUAAAUGUAGCAUCUGCUAAAAGUUUCAAGCACUCUUCUUCUCUAGCAUUAUUGUAGUUUGAGUGUGUUACAAUAGAGGCACACUUCCAUGAGGAUAUUGUUCUUCUUUGUUGACUACAUACAAUAAAUGUAUUAACUUUUUUUCUUUUU